CCAGCCAAUAUUUUGUUGGAUGAGUAUGGCCAUGCAAAGAUUAGUGACAUGGGACUGGCAUGCGACUUCUCCCGAAAACUCCCCACUGCAGGAGUGGGCACUCACGGCUAUAUGGCACCGGAGGUCCUGCAGAAGGGCAUCGCCUACGGUGACUCUGCUGACUGGUUCUCAUUCGGCUGCAUGCUUUACAAACUCUUGCGUGGUCAUAGUCCAUUUCGCCAGCAUAAGUCUAGAGAUAAGACGGCCAUUGACAAAAUGACCCUCGCAAUGGUAAGCUAUUUCUUUCAUGUGCCUUAA